AUGGUGCAAAAUCAGUUGGAGAGAAAAAAGCCCCUCCUCCGUAAGGUUUACACCUCGAAGAAAAGGCUUAGUAAGAAAAAAGAAGACUUUGAAGGACCACAUAGUCUACAUGGUCCAUUAGAGUUGCCUAGUACGGGUCAAAACAUAGGAGUAAAUGAAAUAGCUGAGUCACAGAGAGAACCUUCAUUAGUAGUUCCAUUUGUGAAGAACUCAUGUUUAUGGUCUGCAGUGGAAGAGAUGAAUGUGUUUAAAGAGUUUCCACAACAACCACAUUUUCUUCCACUUCAGCAGGAAUAUCCUCGCACACUACAAGGAGGAAUGGCUUUUGGUCUGAUGGUGGCAUUUGAUCUCUUCGUGAGGAGUAUAAGCAAAUCAAGCAUAGCAGACAAUGAGGGAUCAUUUGAAGAGGAAAAAAGUACACUUUCUGCACUAAAGAUUAAUGGGUUUGAUGUUCAAUGUUUUGAACGCUUGCUGGAUGAAUUGAUUAAGGUGAAAUUUGAAUACAGCAAACAUCUUGAAGAGAAAUCUGCAGUUCAAAGACAGAAGCAGCAAACAAUGAAUUCUUUGUCUCAAAAUGAUUCAUUACUUUGUGAAAUUGAUAAUGAUAUAGCUGAGCUUGAGAAGAAACUUGGCCUCCUUCGCCAGAAAGGACAGCUUAUUGAGAAGGAGAAAGAACAUGACGAGGAAAAGCUUUCAAGACUGAAUGUGGUGGAAAGCAACAUAGAGCAAGCACUUGAUGUCCAUACACUGCAGUUCAAUGGCAUCUUGGCUGAGGUGAAACAGAAACGCCUAACUUGA